AGUAGCAGUAGUAGUAACAGUAGUAGCAGUAGUAGUAGCAGUAGUGCCAGCAGUAGUAGCAGUAGUAGUAACAGUAGUAGUAGUAGUACCAUCAGUAUCAGUUGUAGAAGCAGUAGCAAUAGUAGUAGCAGUAGUAGUAGUAACAGUAGUAGUAGUAGUAGUAGAAGCAGUAGCAGUAGCAGUAGCAGUAGUAGUAGUAGCAGUAGCAGUAGUGCCAGCAGUAGUAGCAGUAGUAGUAACAGUAGUAGUAGUGGCAGUAGUAACAGUAGUAGUAGUAGUAGUAGUAGCAGUAGCAGUAGUAGUAACAGUAGUAGUAGUAGCAGUAGUAACAGGAGUAGCAGUAGCAGUAACAGUAGUAGCAGCAGUAGUAGCAGUAGCAGUAGCAGUAACAGUAGUAGUACCAGCAGUAGUAGCAGUAGUAACAGGAGUAGCAGUAGCAGUAACAGUAGUAGCAGCAGUAGUAGCAGUAGCAGUAGCAGUAACAGCAGUAGUAGUGCCAGCAGUAGCAGCAGUAGCAGUAACAGUAGUAGUAGUAGUAGCAGUAGUAGCAGUAGCAGUAACAGUAGU